AUGUUGAUUCAUUUUGGUUCAUUUUGCCUGUCGAGAUCUCAAUUGAGACGAGGUGAAGAUUGCCCGAGAGCACGUUCCCUUGGUCCUGCUUUGCGCGACCCUUUUUCUUCAACUGCAACAAUUGAGCGCGCGAAAGAGACAAGAGCAGUCCAAAUACGCAACCGCACUGAUCAUCACUUUGAUUGUGCUUGCUACGUUUGCGGAAAUCCAGUGCGGCAAACGAAACUAUUCCUUGCAGCAUCGAUGGAUGGGUCCCUCGUGCCAAGCUGUUCACUUCCAGCAGAGGUAAGAUCGCCAGAGCUGGAAAACCAAGGAAAUGUUGGCAAUGCCCCAACUGAGAGAGAUCCGCGGGACAAAGUUUCCAAGUUGGAUUCCGGGAACAUACAACAAAGCUUGCACAGUGCAGUGGGCAAUUUCUUGAGUCUCUUGGGGAUACCGCAAUAUGCAGACCAGUUCAUGGAUCUUGGAUUGGAGAAUCUCGUCACCCUUAGCAGGCUAUCCGAUGAAGGGUUGGUGAAGGAGACGGAAAAGAUUUCGUUCCUCCCAGGUCAUCGAGCAAGACUGCUCCGCGGAGUGCUUGUUCUCCGUGAAGCCUCCCUCAUUCGCGUGAGGGAGCAGGCUUCGAAGAUACGCGAAAAAGCUCUGUUGGCAUGUCUGGCAGAAAGAAAUCAGGAUCUCGCUCAAGAGGUUAGUCAACUUGACUUGAAGCUCAAGACUUUGCAGGCUCAGAAUGUGGAUUAUGCGCAGCAGCUGAACCAUUUUCGCUCCCAAGCAGCGGAGCUGGAAGUUAAAGCAAAGAUGCAGGCCGAACAUGUGCGAUUCCUGACAGAGAAGCUGGAAGAGCAUCUUACUGGGAGGACGAUCCAGUCAGUUGGAGACGAUGUGGCAGCAAUUUCUCGGCAGUGCAUCACAGCAGGUGUCCCAGUCUUCGCAGAAACCUUGGGUUUUGACGGUGCCAAAGCUCGAACAAAGGAAACUUCGAGUGGCCAAAACCAACAGAGCCCGAAUCAAAUGAACAGUGGCAGUGGCAGCGACAGUCUCACGAUUUUGGGCGUCCAUCGGGAGUCAGAAAAACCUGUCCCAGAUGCCAGUCUCACAUUCGAACAGAUCGCAUGCCAUGAAUCUGGCCUUGGCUCUCCUGGGCGCUUUGAAGUAGCAGAGUUCUUGAUGGAGAUGAGUCGGAAGGAACCGAAGGAACCAUCGGAGCCUUUGAGAUCUUUGAGCUUUCCUAUAGGGAAUCCCUAUAGCUUCUUGCCAGUUGCGGUGUUGUUGGUGAUUUAUUUGCAUCGGAUCUGUCGGAUCUCGAGUUCCUCGGGUUCCUCCCUGAGUUCAUCACAGCCGUCGCGGCCAUCACUGCCUGUGACCGAGCGGAAUUGGCAGCGCCUUCUGUUCACACUACUGCGACGAGCGGAAAAGGAGCACCUUCACUUGACGGAGCCAGAGGAGUGUUCGGAUUUGUAUUCCAAAAAGGAGAUAUGUAGUUUUGAUCAGGUGGUCCACGACCGCCUGGUUGAUUGGAGCGUGUCCAGGAAGGACGCAGUUGCUGCGCUGGACAUUCUUGGCUUUUCUCUGCCGGUGGAGGAUCUACAUUUGUCUUUUCAAAAUUGA